AUGCGGGAGGUGUCUACCGUUUGUCGUAAUCCACAUGACACGGACAAGCGUUCCUGCAAGCAGAAGUUGACCAAGCGACGAAAGAAGAGGAGGCCGUCUGCAGAAAAUGCUUCGCUAGAUGGUGACACGUUGCAAGAGGAUGAGGAAAAUCCAGCUGCGGCCCGGGCUGUGGACCUCAUACCAUCGGUUCCUGGUUCGCUGCUGGCAACGUCCGCCCAAGGACAAAGCCAAGUUGACGAUAUUCAACUCACCGACGAGGCCCCUGGCGAUUUUGCGGCUAAGACAUCAGAUGAACGUCAUGCGUCGCCUAACGUACCACACCUCCAGUUUGGUGACUGGGCGUCCGAGAUGAUGGAAAGAAUGAUAUCAGACUCGAGCGACAACGAUAUACCCGUGGCUGGUGGAUGGUCGGACGGACAUCUUGUCUCACCUGAUCAAAAUAUAUACGAUGCCGCGCUCCUGCUGCAGUGCCACGCGACCGCGAGCUCAGCAGUCGGCGAUGCUGUGACGACGGCGCCGCACGACGAGACGCCCUUGCAGGACACAACGCUCGCCACCGUCACCACCGUCGUCGUACCAGAGGCCUCACUUCGGAAGGUCGGCCUCAUGCUCGGAGGUACUGACUGCAGCCCUUCGACGGACACACGGGCGCGUAAACAGCGGUCGCUGAAGCUUCGUAAGAAACGCCGCCUCUCGACGGACGAAAACCAAGGUCUCGUGAUAAUUGUGACGGCUCUGGUGGCGGCGUUGGCGUCUUUCGCAGAUGCAGCGACUCUGCACACGAGAGAAGCGGUGAAACCUGGACUAGUCUCAUGCGCGCACGCAACCGGCCCGAUCCCAAAUCCACAAGACUGUGGCAGCUUCCUGCAGUGUGAACCAUCAGGCAGGAUAGUGACCCGGCAGUGUCCAGCGGGUCUGGAGUUCAAUGCAUGGCGGCGUGUGUGCGACUACCCGGAGAGGGCUCGCUGCUCCACCGGCGGCUGGCGUCCACGACCACCACCACCACCACCUGCACAGGAUGAGCAGACUCCCGCGGAAGACGACAGUCCCGCAGUAGAGGAACCAGUUACCCCUCCAGCCGACGCCCCCGAGUGUCCAGCCGUGGAGAAUCCCGAAGAAGCUGUUCAGCUGCCCAAUCCGAAGGACUGCGGCAGCUUCUACAAGUGUGACGCGGCUGGAGUGGCCUGGCUAAAUGCCUGCCCUGCUGGUCUUGAGUACAACGCGAGGCUCAGAGUUUGCGAUUACCCAGAGAAUGCUGGUUGCUCUCGGCCGGGCCCCGUUGAAGAGCCUGCCGAAGAACCGGCUGAGGAAGCAGAAGAAGACAACGCUGAAGACGAAGCCGGUGAAAUUGAGCAACCAGCGAAUCCUCCGGCCGAUGCCCCCGAGUGUCCAGCCGUUGAGAAUCCCGAAGAAGCUGUUCAGUUGCCCAAUCCGAAGGACUGCGGCAGCUUCUACAAGUGUGACGCGGCUGGAGUGGCCUGGCUGAAUGCCUGCCCUGCUGGUCUUGAGUACAACGCGAGGCUCAGGGUUUGCGAUUACCCAGAGAAUGCUGGUUGCUCUCGGCCAGGCCCCGUUGAAGAGCCUGCCGAAGAACCGGCCGAGGACGCUGCUGAACCAGCAGAAGAAGAGAACGCUGAAGAAGAAGCCGGUGAAGCCGAUCAAGCAGAGAGUCCUGCAGCCGAUGCCCCCAAGUGUCCAGCCAUCGCGAAUCCCAAGGAAGCUAUCCAGCUUGUCAACCCCAGCGACUGCGGCAGCUUCUACAAGUGCGACGAGAACGGAGUCGCCUGGCUGAUACAGUGUCCUGCUGGCCUUCACUACAACGCAGAGCUGAGAGUGUGCGACUACGCUGCGAAUGCCGGCUGCUCGUCAGCGUGA